UUGAUGGAAGAGAUCGAUAAAUAAUACUUAUAUUUAGUAUGAGAAGAGUUGCAAUCUGUCUUAUCGCUGUUAUUCUGGGAUUUGCGGGUAUCGAUGCUAACGAUGAAAGAGCAUGUGGGCUGGACCUCGUUCUUGCGAUUGACACCUCGUGUAGCUUCAUUACUGAGGACAAAAUCAAGAUGAAGCAGUUCAUUAUCAAGUUUGUUGAAUAUAUUAAUGACAUCGGACCUGCAUUAAGGCAAACCCAGAUAGGGAUACUGACGUACAAUCAAAUUACAACUGCGCGAUUCUUUCUUGUUGAUUCAAAAGAUCUUGCUACACCGUUGGCUCGUAUAAAAGAAAUCCCGAUGAACUUAGAAAAAGAAGAAGGUUGUAAAACAAAAACAAACCAAGCACUUGAAAUGGCAAGAACAGAUUUCUUCCAAGAAAGCAAAGGCGAUCGUAUGACAAAUGCUAACGUUUUGACCAUAAUAACAGAUGGUGUGACAAUUCCUAAAAAGUUGUUCAAACAAACACUAAAAGAAAGUGAUCUAAACAAGAAGGAUGGCAUUGAGAUGUUUGUUAUUGGCGUUUAUGGAGAUAAAACCAAGAAUGUCAACACUGAAGAAUGGAAUAACAUGGCCACAGACCCAACAGACUGGCAUGUCAUCACCAUUAAUGGAACAUCCGGUCUCAGCUACUCUUUAGAAGCAAUCGUAAGAAGGAAGAUGACUGUUGCGUGUUUUCACAGGCCUCCUGUUGAUGAUCCUUGGUUGUACCCCAAUGCUACAAGUAAAACUGCACCCAAAACAACAACCCAAAUAACAACAAAUCCUACAACAACAACAAUGCCAACUAUAAACACAGUAACAACAGUAAACCAAACAUCGACAAACCCAACAACAACAACAACAACAUUAAACCAAAUAACGACAAAGCACAUAGCUAAAACAAUAAAAGUAACAACACCAACAAAAACAAUUCCAACAAAAAGUAAAACUACCUUGGACAUAUCUACAACCGAUAGUACAACUAUGAUCACGACACCCUCCAGGACAACCCCGAAGCUAAUGAAACACCAAUGCCAAGGAACAAAGGAGUGCAAGAAGCUGUUAGGUGCAAACUACAAUUGUACCAAUUUUAUGUGUGUGCGAGGUGACCCUCAUAUUCAGCAACUUGUGAAAGGGACAGAUGACCCAAUAUGUUAUGACUUGUUUGGAAAACCAGGACAAGUAUAUGAGUUUUUAACAGAGCUUUCUACAGGAACCUUUGUAACAGGCGUUUUUAUUGAGGGUUCCAAUAUUGUAAAGUCUGGUGAGCUUGCGAAGUACAUUGGGGAGAUAGUGGUUAAAACAAAUAAUCUUACAGUACAUGUUACAGUUGUUGACAUUCUGCUACAAAGACAUGCUAACGGCACACACACCAGAGUCAUUCGCAAGUGGAAACGAGAUACAUUGUCUUUACAAACUGUCGAGAAAAGAGGAACCAUGAUAAAAAUUUACAAGUCAUCGAUGCAUGUCCACAUUGAAGAUGUUGUCACUAUAUACAUUAGCAGGCAUCCUAAACAUUUAGAUUUCGUUAUCGGUGAGCUAAACAAAUUAGCCCAUCUAAAAGUGGGGGGCAUAAUGGGCGUAGUGUCCUCCAUGGGGUACUUCGUUCGAACACGAUUUGAGAAUAAAGGGAUCGUCCAUGUUGGUGAAUUCAGUGUCACCGUACAGUGGGAUCAUGCAAGAAAAUGUUGGGCCGUGCCAAAAGAUGCUACGGGUUUUGACGAACUUCUAAAAAGCUUUGCCAAAGAGUGUCUUAUUCGUAGAUAACCACAUAUCGAGAUAUAAAAUAAUAGAAUUGGCAAUACAGUUUAAUAACUAUUUGAUGAAUAAAACGUUUAUUUUAUAAUGAUUUCAAAUGUGUGUACAUAUUGCACAUUUGAAGGGAUUUAUAUUGAAAGUGACGGCAUUGAUAAAUAAAUGCAAAACAUAUAAGUACUGUUACUUAAAGGUCGAGUACCCGGAAAUAUUAACACAAUUGAACAUGUUGAACAACUAAUAUACAUACUUUUUGUGGCUUGGUUGAAUGGCUAUGAGUCCCAAGUUCCGAUGUGUCUCAUCAA